UCUGUCAUCACCUGAUUGGUCGCACGGACGUCAUUAACACAUCAUUCAGUCAUAGUCAGUGCAUGGAGUGCCCGUGGUGCAGAGAAGAUCAUCCUGUCGUUCUGCCUUGAAUUAAUUAAAGAGAGCCGGCUCUUAUCGUUCACCUAAUAGAGCCGGCUCAAAGAACCGGUUCGUUCGUGACCAACACAUCACUAGUUGGAGGGAGUACCGCUCUAACAUCAGAGCGUAUCUACUCUUUGAGAAUCAGGAAACAACGUUGAUGUUUGUAAGAAGUCCCUCCUUUAGUUUAGUUUGACCCACACGGUUAGUAGUGACCAAAACAUCACCGACAGCCCUCCGGUUAGCUCCUGUCCAUCAAUGGCCAACUCAACCACCGUUAACCGGGAUCAGACUACUGCUGGAAAAGGUGACGGUGAAGCAGGAGGGCCGAGCAACUCGGACUACAUUGCGUUCGUCCUGGUGCCUGUUUUCUUCCUUCUGGGCCUGUUGGGGGUGGUGAUCUGCCACGUGUUGAAGAGGAAGGGCUACCGGUGCACCACUGAGGCCCACGAUGAGGAGGAGGAGUGUGAGGAGGAAGAAAAGGAUCCCGAGCUGGGCGGAGACAUGAAUGACACCUUCAGUGACAACAACGACACAGUCGGGCAGAUUGUCAACUACAUCAUGAAAAAUGAAGCAAACACAGACGCUCUGAAAGCCAUGGUUUGUGAAAACAGCAUCGACUCUGAUGGGCCUCCGCUCACCCCGACCUCUCCCAACACCCCGACGCCUCCGAUGACUCCCAUAUCGCCGGGCGCGCCCCCGUGGGCGGCCAAGCACACCUGCAGCCACCUGCACACCAUCGGCGGCCUCGGCGGCCAGAAGAACAUCUGCACCCGCUGCAGCCAGAAGAAGUGGCCGCUGAUGAGGAGGCCGUCGGCCCGCAAGACGGAGCAGCGCCGCAGCCAACUCGGAGAGGUCACGGUCCUGGCUGUGGGCAGGUUCCGGGUGACAAAGUGUGAAAAACCAACCCGGGAGAGGCGGACGCUGCUAAUAUCAGACUCCAACGGGAGCGUUCCUUCGUCUCCUACGGAGGUGGAGCCAAAGAGCCGGACGACGUCCGAGUCCCAGCAGGAGCAGACGGACGACGUGGACAAAGAGAAACGAUAGCAAUCCAGAGGAGAAAAACAACAACAUCUGGACAAAACCCAAACCCAAACAAGGACAUUAAAACAUCAGCGCUGGAGGGAGCCAAGUCGACUGGGGAGUCGUCCCUCCACAUUCCUGCUCCGCGGGGAGUCAAAAGUGCUGCGGAUGGCGAGGACGACGGUGGCGAGAGUGACCUACAGAGUCACAGCCAGUUAUUUUACAAGCAGAAAAGGGGGAGUGUGUAUCUAUUUGUGAUGCACUCCAUUUCCUUUUUAUAUAGAUUUACAAUAGUGCCUUACUCAAGGGCGUUUAUGCUGGGCAGCUGACUCAUGUCAAGGAAGCCUGAACCAUGGACUUGUUACUCAAUAUGCCGACGAUGUGUGUACAUAUGUCUGUGAAUGUGGAGGUAAAGCUUUUGCAUGUCAUCGGUCAUUUAAUUUAUAAAACUGCACCCCAGAUAUAGAAACAGCCAGUCUGAGAUUAAAUUGUAGGUUGUCAUUCCCAAACAGGAAGUAGGAACAGACUGAUAAUAGCGGUCACAGUACCAGGAAGUAGAUUGGAGCAUUAGCAGAUGUGAUAGGAGUUAAGCAACAGAGUGUGCCUUAGUGUUUAUCUUCCAGUCUGGCCUCUAAUAAAGAAGAGAGGGCAGUAUUCUGGGUCGAACAUUCAAACAUGGCUGCUCACUCUUUGUUUUCUCUUAAAGUGUUAUUUUACAGGCCAGUCUGCUCCAACCCUUCAAGGUCACUGGUGAUCUGCCAGAUUUCCCAUGUGUCAGAUAGGCAUUACUAAAUCUUUAAGCCCGCAUUCAUUGUUUCUUUUAGUUGUUUUUUAAAAAAAACAUUUUAUCAACUCAUAAUGUUGUUUUGGCGAACGUGUUAGCAAAGAGUUGCCUGUUUACACAUUCAGCAGACUUUGAGCAACAUUAGCAAUCAUGUCGCUCUUCUUCUAGCUUUGUUUUGGUCUCCACAUAGAUUGCUACAGGAAUGAGUCCUAAAACACGGAAAUGAGUUAGCAUGUUAGCACUUCCGGUUCCCUCGUCUGGAAGUCAAUGGGUAAGGUCUGUGGUUAACACAA